CCCACCCCGCGUCUCAUUCGGCCCUCAACACGGGAGCAGAGUGGAACUGUGCUAGUUUUGAUUUGCGAACCAUGGCCACUUCAAAAAGCGUUCUUGUUCAAUUAGUUUGGACAAGUUUGAUUUGCGGACAAGUGCUUGUCUCGUGUAAACCGCAAAACUCUGGCCCAUCCGCCUCCUCGUCGCCCUCCAAAGCUGACUCUGCUGACCCUCCCUCCGGAGUUUCCCUCGGUAAAACUAAAGGAUUUGAGGUGAAGCACGGCUACUCGUUCAACCUGGCCAACUCACCUGACGGAAGCCCUUACUCCUCGGGGUGGGCUUAUCUGGGAGGUCGAGCCGGCCCUGGACCCACUUACUACGCGGAUGACACAGGCUAUCUCUCGAACGAACUUUGGUCAGGACCUGCGGUGGAUAUUGCGACUGGGUCCCUUUACACCAUCGCGGCCGCUCUGGCCUUCAGCUCCCUUUGGUACACGUUCAGCCCCUUCUUCAGCGGACGUGCGUCCACCACGCCAGCCAAAAAGCCGUCCGCAUCCAAAGGUAGCAAACCUUCGCCCUCCAAGACCAACACCACUGCCACCGAGGAGGACAGCGAGGAGAAGGGAGGCCAAGUCACCCCGAGCGACAAAGUCACCACCAAGGAGUCCGUCGUCCCUGGGAAGUCAUCUCGAAGGAGGAGGUCUCUCCCCAAGAGUCAGGGAGCCGUAGUCGCCCAGAGUGACGCUGAUCUGACUCGUCUUGCUUCCAUCGUCCUCAACGCCAUUGCCAGUGGAGAGUGCCUUCAGAAAACCAUCUGCCAGCUUGGCACCCAGAUCGGAGCGUCCCCCAAAGGCAGGCUCGCCUUCAGCCUCGUCGACACCCUGCUCCCAACCUCAGUCCACACCAACCAGUACUUUGUCACCAUGAAAAAAGCACUCGGCGGCGAACACGUCUGCGAACGCUUCAACUGCCAAUACCAAACUUAUGCCUAAAUCUUACCAUUAUAUCCGAUAGUAAGUUUCUACUUUAACUCCUCUUCAUCAUGGUGCUACGUCGUUUAGAUAUCUCACCUCAAGCCACUUGCGCUGCUGCUCAUUAACGAGGAAAGUUAUUACGACGCAAGGAAUUGUUAUGUUCACUGUAAUUAAAUGUAUGAAAUUUUU